AUGACCUACCUCCAAGAGCACACCAGCAUCCCCGUCCCUACCAUUUUUGACUGGGCCUGCGAGUCCGAUCCAGGAAACCAUCUUGGAGUCAGCUACAUCCUAAUGGAAAAGAUUGACGGAAAGCCCUUGGUUUGGCAAACGACAACUCGGGCUCAGAGAGAGAAAGUCAUGCAACAGCUGGUUGAUGUGUUUCUGGAAAUAGAAAGGCAUCCAUUUGAAGCCAUGGGAUCGCUCCUUACCGUUGGGUACCCUGCUCAAUUCGUGGUGCAAGGUCUCGCACAACACGCAACAUACCGGAUGGGAGCUGGAGGGCCGCUUGGUCCUUUUGCUUCCUCGCUAGAAGGGUCAGUCGCCAUGGUUAAGUCGUACCUUGUGAUGAUAGCCAACGGCGAAAUUGGUGCCUGCCAUUCGGUAGACACUUACCUCACUCACCGCUUCCGUCUAGACGUUGCCAACAGCCUUUGGGAAGGUGAUCCGUCAGGGGGUCGAUUCUUCCUCAAGCAUCCGGACGACAAGGGCGACCACAUCCUCGUGAAUGAAUCUUGCGAUAUCGUUGGAAUAAUAGACUGGGAGUGGACUCGGACCGUUUCCGAGUUGGAAGCCUUCAGCUCGCCAUGCAUGAUGUGGCCGCUGAGAAAGUUCUACGAAGGCUCUAACGAGUUAUCCCCGGAUGAAAUGCGGCUAGCGGAAAUUUUCCAGGAAAGGGGCCGUAAAGAUCUUUCCAACUGUGUCAUCCUCGGCAGAAAGGUUCAAAGAUUCUUCUUUGCUCUAGGUCCCGAGAGCCCUUCAACAGAUCGAAAGGCCUUUUUGGAUCUCUUCGCUGGACUCAAAAUGGCCUUCACAGUUGACAACGAAGCGUGGGAGCAAUGGAGGGACAACGCCCUCGUCAAAUGGAAAGACGAUGAAUUGCUUCAGAUGUUGCUUCGCCUUCAUAAAAACAAGGAUCAACAGAAUGGGUGUUAA